UACAACUAUUAAUUAUGGCAUAUAUAUAAGCAAUACUAUUUUUAAACGUCCAUGAAAAGAUAUAUUGAACUGAAAUUACAAAUAUUCAUAAAUGUAACUGUAAUUUCUUAUUUAAUUUAAAUAACUAUAUUGAAUUUUAUAUAUAACGAUCAGAAAUAUAUAAGCUUAGUAACGUUCUGUUAACGUACUAGAUCGGAAGAAUUUGUUUUCAGUCUCACUGUAUAAUUUGUAUAAAGAAACUACAAUAUAAGGAUAUUAUUGAAAACUACAAAACGUAUUUAAUUUUUAUAAUUAUUAUAUGAUGUUAUUUAACAAAUCUUAUUAUCAUUAAAUGUAAAUCUAAAUGCUUCGUCUCAAAACUAUAUUUAUUAUAUAAUAUUACAAUAAAGUAAAAAACCUCUGCAUAAUAUAAAAAAAAUAUAAGAAAUGUAAAUCUUUCAAUACAAACAAAUAUUUCAUUAUUUCAUUCUUUUGAACAAUACUUUUAUAUUCCAUAUAGGUUAGAUUUAUCUAAAUUUCAAUCUUUUUCAAAUAUUCUUAUUAACAUCACCGUAAUAUCUAUAAUAACCAAAUAAUACAUACAAAUAAAUGUUUUUAUAUAUAUAAAAAAAAGAGAAAGGGAAAAAAGAAACAAUAAUAUAAUAAAUUAUUAUAUUAAAACAUAAGAAACACACUAUCAACUUUAAUCGUUGCGCGCGAAAUUUGAUUAACACAAUCGGACGAAUGAAUUAUAAUGCCUUUAACGAUCAAACGUCGCUAAGGUAAAUAAAACGGUAUAUAUAUAUACUCUCACUCGAAGAAUUAGUUGUAAUUUUCACUUUCAGUUAAAUAUCGAGUUAGUUGAACGUAGAAAUACCAAAAAUAAAAAAUAAAAAUACAAAUAUGUCGAAUGCAACGUAUAACGAACUUUGGAAAGAGACCCAAAACACUUUAGAUGAAUUAAUACGGGUUGAUUCGUCUGUGCAAGGUUCAAAACCACAAAAGGAUCGAAAGAAGGCACAUCAAAUUGUUUCGGAAUUAUACGUAAAGUACAUCAUUGUUUGUAACAAGUUAGAAGAGUGUUACGAUCAAAUAAUACAACCACAGAAACGUAUUUUACUUAAGAAAUUAUUGAACUCAGUUAUAGGAAGAGUUUUAGAAUUGAAACAUGAAUUGGUAAAUGUUGAUCUUUCUGAACACAGUUAUUAUGAUGACAUAUUAAUAAAAUAUGGCAUUACUCCAGAAGAUGUAGAAAUUCGAAUACCGAGAUAUUUUAAUAGAGAACGUCGAAAAGAAAUAAAUGAUAGACGAGAAUUUAUAGAAAAUACCUUAAAAAAUUUGGGUUUUCUCGAUGAAGUUAUUGUAUCCAAAACAAUGAGUGAAUUGGAAGCUGUGAAAUUGAUUCAGGCUCACGAAAGAGCAAGACAAGGACGAGUAAGAUUCCAGUUUAUGAAGGAAAUACGACAAAUGAAAGAAAAAUCAACGGCUAAACAAGAAACAGAGGAAAUCGAAAAGGAAGAUAUUGAAGCUGCUGCAAUAAAGAUUCAAAAAGUUUGGAGGGGUUAUAGGACUCGAUGUUGGAUCCGGAAAAGACGAUUAGAUGAAAUGUUAUUAAUAGGUAUGCUUCCACCGAAUCAAAUAAAGAUGGAAAAUAUUCGGCAAACAGAAAAAAUUAUGCAUUAUCGUCAUGAAAAACAGGCAAAGUUUCAAGAAAUCUAUGAAAAAUUGAUAAAUGAAACAACAGAAAGAAUUCGCAAAGAAAGGAGUGCCGUAAUGGAAGAAAAUAUGAGAAGUGAAAUUCGAAACUGGAUAAACGAUUACUUUCAACAAACUGGAAAAAUUCCAGAUUUACCAUCUGUUGAAAGUGGAGGUUCCCGAUUUAUCUUCAGUAGACAGGGAACAGAAAGUACGAUUAGUAAAUCAACCGGAGUGUCCUCGAAGGAAUCAAGAAAAUCGAAGAAGUCAAAAACGAAGAAGAGCAGCGAGCCAGAAAAGUCGGAAGAUGAAACAGAGCAGAGUUAUUUCAAAUCGAUGCCUUCUAAUUUUCUUCCAGAAUUGAUUAAUUUACAGGAGGAGUAUCAAAAAAUAUGGAAGAACAAAGAUGAGUCUAUGAAUCCUAUGCAAGAACCUUAUAAAGAUAUAAUUGAAAUUGAUAAGACUCGAGAGAUUGAAGAUGAAGUUAGAAUUGGAGUGGAUCAAACAUUGAGAGAUGAUAUAGAAGCUCUUCAAGCAGCUUUGGACAGAGAUAAAGGUAUUAAAAGUAAACGUGGUAAGAAAACGCAAAAACGGAUUCGUCGUAGUGGAAAAAAGAAUAAAAAGAAAAAAGAAAAGGAUUUGACACCAGAUAGAACAACAGAAUCCCUUUUCGAAGAACUUCUCACUCAAGGUAUUAUUAAACUGUAUCGAGAAACUCCAUUAGCUGAUUUUAAGGUCGAGAGAUCUUAUGCCAAUUAUGAACUUCUUCAGAAUGAUAAAAAUAUUUUACCAACGUUAGGUGACAUCAGACAAUUAAUCCGCGAAUAUUGCAUCCUUCCUUUAGGCAAUAGUAUACUCAGAGAACUAACACCUCUUGUAAGAUCAGUUCUAAUAGCAGGUCCUCGUGGAAGUGGCAAAAAAAUGUUGAUUAACGCAAUUUGUACAGAAUUAGGUGCUACGCUUUUCGAUAUUACACCUGCCAAUAUCGUUGGAAAAUAUCCUGGGAAAACUGGAUUGAUUAUGUUAAUGCAUUUAAUAUCCAAGGUAUCACGAUUACUGCAACCGUCAAUCAUUUUUAUGGAUGGAGCCGAAAAACCAUUCGUAAAAAAACCACCUAAAACUGAUAAAACUGAUCCAAAACGUCUCAAAAAAGAUUUACCAAAAUUGAUCAAAGGUAUCACUAAUGAGGAUAAAGUCAUAUUAAUUGGAACAACUAAUUCUCCUUGGGAUGCAGAUCAAAAAUUAUUGUAUCAAACUUAUGAUAAAAUUAUAUACGUUCCUAGACCAGAUUAUGGCAGUAUGUCACUUGUCUGGAGAAAUUUAUUAUACAAGUAUCCUGGAAUUAGUAGACAAUUUGAUAUAUCAGCAAUGACCAAAAUCUGUGAUGGAUUUACAAUUGGUGCGAUAUUAGCCGCCAUUAAUGAGGUAAUGACGACGAAACGAAUGGUACAAUUGAGAACACAGCCAUUAAUACCUGCAGAAUUAAUUAAUGCAAUUAGUACAAAAAAUCCUAUUUAUCGUGAAGAAGAGGACGCAUUUUUAUCAUGGUUCUCGAAAACGCCGACUUGUCGAAGAAAACAAAGAGCUUUGGAAUUGGAACAACAAAGAAUUGAGGAAGCAAACGAAGCUAUAAAAAAGAAAGGGAAAAUGAAUGAAAACCAAACGAAUGAAUGAAAGAAAAAAGGAGAAGAAAAGAAAAUUCAGAAAUAGAAGAAAUGAAAGCAAAACGAGUAACAAUAAUUUGAAAAUAUUAU